AUGGGAAGAAUUGAUUUUCAAUUUCAAUUUAAUUUAGCAAGUGUGAAAGACAAUUGCUACUCAGCUGAGCUUAUUUACAACAUGCUCAAAGGCAAAAGAAAUUAUUUAUAUUUUGUGUUUCUGAGAAGCGUUUUAAAUGAUGUUCAAACAGCAAUUAAAUCAUUUGAAAGUGAAAACUCUAAUCCAUUAAAACUUCUCAAUACACUCACAACACUGAUAGAAUCAGUGAGCCAGAGAAUUUUAAUGCCAAGACCUGUAAACAGAAACUUAUUAGAUCCAAUAACUGACAGGGAUAUUAACCCUAGGCCUUAUCUUGGCUAUAUGUUUGAAACUGCUCAACAUAAUUUAGACUCCGAAAUUUUAAAUGCAAUACGACAACACUGCUCCACCUUCUUACUGCAAUUACUUAAGGAAUUGCAACAAAGGCUUCCAGACAACUACAAGCAGCUAGAAUCAAUGGCGUUGUUAAGUCCAGAGGAGGCAAUAAAACAAAUCAAAUCAAACAUUAUCAUCGAGGUUGCUGAAAUUUUGGGUGUUACACCAGAAAUAAUAGACAAGAUAAUGCAACAGUGGCACAUUCUACAUAUAUAA